AUGCAUAUAAAAGCAUUGUGCGAUUCCGGUUUCCCAGUAGAUAGAAAAAAAGUUCGACAACUUGCUUUCCAAUUCGCCGAAACCUUAAAAAUCAAACACCAUUUCAAUCGCGACUCAGAAAUGGCGGGAAAGGAUUGGCUCUACUCUUUUUUAAGGCGCAAUCCGAGCAUAACAAUCCGGAAAGCCGAAGGCUUGUCAGUGGCUAGAGCUACCAGUCUCUCAAGAAAAAUCGUACAGCAGUUUUACGAUCUUCUAGAAAAAGAAGUCACUGAACACAAUCUACAAGACAAGCCACAAAAUUUAUCGAAUUGCGAUGAAUCAGGCAUACAGCUAAUAAAUGCCCCUGGAAAAGUUUUGGCUCCCAAAGGAGCUAAAGUAGUCAAUCAAAUUACGUCAAAGGAAAAAGGUGAAACCGUCUCACUUUUAGCGUGUUGCACCGCAGAAGGGCGAUUUCUUCCACCGACAUUAAUUCUUAAAGGAAAAAACAUCAAACGUGAGUUUGAGGACGGCCUACCUCCAGGUUCGAAAGUAUUCAUGAAUAAAAAAUCAGCAUACAUUUCUACGGAGUUGUUUUUGAAAUGGUUUAAUGAGGAAUUUCUCCUUCGAAAAGCUGCAGGAAAAAAUAUUUUGAUUCUUGAUGGUCACUGCAGCCACUGUACGUCGAUUGAAUUACUUGAAUGUGCCGAAAAAAAUGAUGUCUCACUUCUUUGCUUGCCACCUCACACAACACACGUAUUACAACCGUUAGAUAAAUCGUUUUUUGGCCCAUUUAAGGCGCAUUUUAAAGUUGAAGCCAACACCUGGAUUAAUCAACAUAAAGGACGCAACCUAACACGUUAUCAACUCGGACCACUUGUGGAAAAAGCUUGGAGUAAGGCAGCAACGGUCGAAAACGGAUGUAGUGGCUUUUCUUCAACAGGAAUUUUUCCAUUUAAUAGGCAUAUCAUUCCCGAUAUUUUUGCGAUUUCUGACCGCAUCGAAGAUGAAAAAGAACGUAAUUUACAGGAAAAAGAGUCCUAUGCCCGACAAGAAUCUGAAUUGAUUGAAUCUUCUGAAAGCAUUUACUCAUUGGAAUCAGAAGAGCCAACACGGGAUAUAGAGUCCGAUGUCUGCAUGCAAAUACAACGCAAAGCUGAACCAAAAAAAUCAGCAAAAGCUUCAGAAAUUGCAGAGAUCGCUAAGGUUAUCAAGAAAGAAGCAUUAAAGAGCCACUCUAGUAAUGAACAAGCAACGCACGUUCAGGAAAAAAGAGGUCGAAAAAGAAAAACUGAAGUAGCGCCCACGAAAUCGGCUAAAGUGUCGAAAAUCGUACAGAUUUGUAUUGUCUGCGUGUUCGCCGUCGAGGAACGAAAUGUCUUGGUGUCGUCUAGGUGUUCGCCGUCGAGGAAAUCGGUGGCUACGUGUUCACUGUCGAAGAACAAUGUGUCUAGGUUCGUUGACAAGGAACCAAUGUUUUUCUUUGAGGAAGCGUCAUCCGAGUAUUGGGGGAACAACGAGAGGGGCGUUAGGAUGUUGCUUAAUGAAGUUGCAAAAAACUCGCUAUUCCUCCAUAGAAGGGAGUGUCCAGGUGUCCUAGAGGGAUCUCUGGUUGACAUUAGACACGUCCUAAAGGUCGCUGUCGAGAAAUUCGGUAUCCAGAUGUUACUCCACUAA